UCCUUGCGUUUAGUGUCAUUAUUCUAAAUGUCGGAGAAACAACAGUCAAAAACAACGGAGCAGAAGGAAAAGGGCGUUCGGGCACUUUCGCGUUGGCGUAGUGAUCCAUUGCUCAUGGAAAUUUUAUACGGCAUGUCUACCCUUAUCAAUACACGUUUAUCCAAGGAGGCUCUCAUAUUGUGUAUUGAAUUGCUGGAAGUGGGUGUCAAUGCCAAAGUCUUGGCCCAAGUAGUACUGAAAAUAUUGGAGAUGAAAAAGAGGCGCGAAGAGAACCCUAAAAUGGAAUAAAAAAUAAAGAGUGUUACCCUUACAAUGUUUACUUUAAAGAAUAUAUUUUAGGAAAGCGCAAA